AUGUGCUGGCCGUCACCAACUCGCUCUCGCACCGAGACAGCGGCACUCCAGCUAGAAUCCGAAGAAACAGCUGCAAUCAUCGCAGCCACGCAAGGCUUCCUCACAGCACUGAGCACCAAGUCGCGCGCCGAUUUCGAAAAACACUGUGUCCGAGCUGGGGGGAUGACACUGUCACCUCCGGCUCCAACUUCUCUGCGCUUCUGCACGAUUGGAUCGUUCGUUGAACAUGUCGCCGCGCUUAAAGACGACAUCGACGAGCGGAUUUGGGACCCGGAGGUGAAGGUGCACGAGACAGGAAACCUAGCUGCGGUGUGGGCGCCGUUCCGAGCGAAGAUCAAUGGCGUCGUGGAUCAUGUUGGUGUUGAGCUUUUUGUCUUGCAUAAACUCAACGGCGAAUGGAAGGUGACUGGGUUGGCGGACUCGUGUCGGUUGCCGACUGAAGAGGAACUGCUGCUGGAAUAA